AUGUCUCUAGUGGAAGAAGCUAAGACUACAUUGCACACCAAAUUUAAAGUUAAGGAUUUAGGGGAACUCAGAUAUUUAUUGGGCAUAGAAGUGAUGCGAUUAGAUAAGGGCCUGCUGCUAAACCAAAGGAAAUAUGCACUGGAAUUGAUUUCUACCAUAGGACUAGCUGCAACAAAACCUUCUUCUGCUCCUAUUGAGCUCAAUCAGAAAUUGACUACCACAGAGUAUGACAAACAUGUAGGACACAAUGGAGAUGAAGAGUUGCAGGAUAUAGCAUGCUACCAGAGGUUAGUGGGUAAACUGCUCUAUUUGACCAUCACACGUCAUGAUAUUUGUUUUGCUGUGCAAGUGCUAAGUCAUUUCAUGCAACAUCCUAAAAAAUCUCACUUGGAUGCUGUACUCAGAGUAGUCAGGUACAUCAAGGGCUCACCUGGACUUGGUGUCUUCCUAAAAAGAGGUAUUAUCUCUCAUCUCACUGCCUACUGUGAUUUUGAUUGGGCAGCAUGCCCAAAUACACGGAGGUCAAUCACAUGA